AUGGAACAGUUUAAUAACUUAUACUUACUCGGAGAAAAGAUUGGAGAUGGUAAUUUUGCUGAGGUUAAGAUUUGUGAAUGUCGAAAAACGGGCAAGAAAUUUGCAGCAAAAAUUAUUAAGAUGAAACGCAAAACUGUAUUUGGGCAUUACGACCAAAAUUCACGUGGGAUGACUCCGGUUGAAGUUGAACGUGAGGUACAUGUUCUUCGAUCUAUCGACCACCACACAAUAGUUAAACUGUACGAGAUUUAUGAACAAGAGGAUUAUUCCAUCAUUAUUCUGGAGCUUGUUACUGGAGGAGAACUUUUCGACCGAGUUGCCGAGUUUGAAAGACUUGAUGAGCAGGAAGCCGUUUACUUCAUUGGACAAAUUCUUCUUGGAGUUCACCAUAUGCAUCAACUUGGAAUUGUUCACUUGGAUCUCAAAUGUCGUAUUUACGCUAGUCUACCGACAAUGAACCCUUAUAAAAUUUUAAAUCUUGAUAUUACUUGUAAAUAUUUGCGAUGA